CCAUCUACUAGUGGGGAGGCAAAGCUCUUGUAUAUAAGGAAAAGUACAUAAGCAUACCCCCACCACGUCUUCCGCACCUCUAUUCUUAUCUACACUCAACGACUAUACUUCGUACUAAGUAUGAUUCGUACUAAUUCAGAUCUGAAUUCGUUGUAUGUAUGUACAUACGUACUAUAUUUCCUAUGUCCGUACAUAAGCAUACCCCCACCACGCUUUCCGCACCUCUAUUCCUAUCUACACUCAACGGUUCAGUGGACCGAACAGACGCACUCUGAGACCGAAAAUUUAACACAGGACCCAUACAUGGGGCGUUUUCGCCUCUGUAGUUAACUAUCGGCAGGAUAAAAAGUUGUGGAACAACUCGUGCCCGGUAAACUGUCAGCUGAAGUCCUUGAUUUGGACUUGGUUACCGUGUGCUAAAAUCUAACCUACACCUCAUUACACCCUGUAGAAGAUGAUCAGAUACGAAGAAGAAAAUGAAAGACUCAAGGAUCAAUCUAGGUGUGCUGGGGCAAGAGCCGACCUUAAGAUGUGCCUCCUAGAGAGCGACUGCUGUAAAAUUCACAAACGAACCCCUAGAGAAUGUCUAAAUGCAACAGACGGUACUGUACCUUCCAAAUGUCAAGCUUUGAGAGUAUCUUUCUUCGAGUGUAAACGUUCACUCCUGGAUGGUAGGAGGCGAUUCAGAGGACCGAAGGGCUACUGAUCUACAGAUUAUAUCACUAUUAUUUAAAUUCUAUAACAUCGUUAUUUGGCUAUUCUAAUUCUUUAAUAAAAUAUUGUAACAAAAUACAGAUGAACCCAUCUAGAUGUUGUUAAGUAUUGUCUAUCAUCUUUGCAUUGGUCAAGGUUUAAGAAAAAUGUCCGUUCGAGUCAACGAAAAUAUGUAGCCAAACUUUAUUAUAAUAUAGAACUAUUAUACUGUAAUAUAGUAAUGCACGAAUUGAAACUAUAUUCAUAUUAUCUAAAUCAUUAUAAUAACUCCAUGUUUAUGUAUAUGUAUAAUUCAAUUCCGCCCAGCGGAUAAUAAAAUUCUUAACUUCAUGGCUGAAUUAAGAGAUUGCAAAUUA